ACCUAUGGGCAUUUUUUCCGCUGACAUUCCGGCGCAUCACCAUCCAGCCUUCAACACCUGUCUCGAGAUGCCGACAGUCAUUACCUAUUAUCGGUGCCGAAUUUAAUGACAUGAACGGGCUUGUCAACUGAAGGUGUCCACUAGAGAUGGCAACCCGGAGGGACGAGCGACGCGCGACAACAACUCAAGCUGAACCCGAUCCCAGCAACACCGACUUGAGCAGCAGCGAAGAUGGCCACUCAGGCGAUGAGGAUGCCUCUCCGUCAGUGGAGUGGCUAGUGACGGGGCGAGCCAAACGAUCCACCGCUGGCAAUCGCAUGAAGUCUAUGAUUGCUGCCGAAGAACCCGAUGACGACCUCGAGCUCCUCUUUGCCGAAGAUGAAGACGAUGCCGGUUUCACUGAUGCGGGGGAUGAUGCCUCCGACGUACAUAUGGACUCGUCGUCUGACGACGAGGACGCGCAAGAAAAUGCCGACGAAUUGGAUGGCGAAAAGGAGCUGGAGAAACAGGCGCGCGAAAGCCGGCAGGCUGCGCGGAAGAGAAAAGCUCAAGAGGCCAUCCCCAUGAAAUUCCGCAAGAAGGUCAAGAUUGCUCCCGAGCCGAACCCGAGGCCCAAGAAGAAAUCGGAAAGGAUUAGCUGGCUGCCGUCACCAGCCGACAUGCCAACGCGCGCCUCGAAGCGAGAAACCACCAUGCUUAGUAAAGAGCAAUUGCACCAACAAAUGAUCGAGCGCGAGGUCAAACGUCUCAAGCAGGUCGAGGCUAUGGAAAAGAAGGCUAAGAAGAUGGAAGCGCUGAAGAAGCCGCCCAUGACACAGGCCCAGAGGCUCGCCGAGGCUGCCAUCGUCGAGAAGAAGAAUGCCAAGAGCUUGAAUCACUGGGAGGAGGCUGAGAAGCAACGGGAAGAGGAACGAAAGGCCAAAUUGGCUGCCUUGAAUAACCGGACCCUCAACGGUCCCGUGAUCACCUUCUGGAGCGGAGUCGGGGAGUGGGUGGAUGGCAAGCUGAAGCACAUCGGCAAAAUUGUCACGAUCGAAGAGAAGCCGGUCAGAAAGAAGCGAGCUUCCGUCGUCGAGCAAGAAAUGACGGGGGAAUCUACCAGCAAAGAGGGGGUCGUGUCCGAAGAGCCCGCGCAAUCUGCAGUAGGCGAGCCCGCCGACGACGAGCCAGCGGCGGCACUGGCGCCGACAGCAACUGGGACGCAGGGGCCUAGAGGAAAUCGGUCUGAUGACCGGGUUGCACCUGCGACUGAGGCUGUCAAGGAUGCAGCUGAAAGUGAGAAGUCCGCCCCCAUGACGCACACUAUGGCCACCUUAGCUCCUCUACCACCGCCGACGCCGCUGCCACAACCACCAUCAUCAUCCCAAGAGACAAUCGACACGCAUCUUACCGCACCAUCUCCGGCUCCAAUUGCAGCUCCAAAUGUCGCUCCGGUUUCGAUUCCGAGCGCAGUUUCGAGUGCUGCGCCACGGCAUGAGGUGCCGAUCUUAAACCAACCGAAUCCCCAGACACAAGAGAGGAAGGCCACCGAAACGAUGCUCCCAGAGGCGAAACCGCCGAGCAUGCUUCCUCCGACGACAGUCGGCUAUACUACAAGCAUGUUUGCUCUUCCCUCGCAACCGCCACUUAUGAAGCCUCCAGAGCUGAAACCGCCCUCGAGUAGUUUCUUGGCCCCUCCAGCCGGAAUUACUCAGGGUGGGCUUUCUAUGCCUAUGAUCGGUUAUCAUACUAUGUCUAACAUGAACAAGCCUUUGGCUGUUCUAGCACCCCCUAAUACUGGGCAGAGGCAAUCGCCUCUAUCCAUGCCCCAGGCAGGAUCUAUGCCUCAGAUAGGAGCUUCUGCCCCCUCUUCCGCUCCCCCUUCCGCUCCCCCCUCUGCGUCGCCGCCGCCUCCUUCCAUCCAACCCAUAGCAAAACCGCCGUCCGCCGAGACACCUACCCAAACUCCCCGACGUGCGUCAACAAAGCCCCCUCUGAGUGCUAGCAAGCCUACCAAGGUUAAUGCCCAGCGGCAGCAGGCUAAGGAGUCCCCGCCUCCUCCGCCGUCGCCUCCUGCUAAUGGUAAAGCCACGCGGAACUGCAUCAUCCUCCGGAAUUUCAAUGAGAAUGCGGUGAAGGAAAAGGCCGUACAGAACCAGAUUCUGUUCGGCAAGGAUAUGGCAAAGCUCCCUAAGCCGACACCGGCACCUCGAUGUGUUAUCACUAACCACCCAGCGCGCUAUCGGGAUCCCAAGACCGGGCUCCCCUAUUAUAAUGCGCACGCAUUCCAGGAGAUCCGGAAGGUAGAGCGGGGUGAGUAUAAAUGGAGUCGACUGAUAGAGGCGUGGGUGGGGAGCGGCUCGUAUGCAGCGAGAGGGGUGCCGGCUCGGUUCUUGGACCCCAGCGCGCCAGGACCGCCGAAGGCGGAAACGAAGCCUUCGGAAGAUCCCCCAAGUGAUAUGCCUGCUCCAGAGCCGAACCAGGGGGUCAUAGGAGCCGCACCGGCAACACCGGUAACAAUGACAGUGCCGGUGACACCAAAGGGAAAGCCUACAUCCUUGGAUCUAGCACCUCCUACGCCGACCGCUACUACUAUAGUAGAUUUACCUCCACCUCCAACUCUAACUUCAUCCUUCGUACCAGUGGCCGCGCCGACAUCAAUCCCCACGUCAGCACCGGCGUCAGCACCGGCGCUCGCAUCAGUUGCCACCCCGGCUCCGGCGCCGACUAUCCCCGCACAGGGGGAGGCGCGGGCCCCGGAAACGACACCAGUUUUAACAGCGCCUUCAGACCCGGCCCCGGCUACCACCUUAGCCCUGGCGACCCCAGCUGCGGCAACGAGUACAUCAGCGAUCACAGCAGGGGAUCAAUAGGAGCGCGUGGCAUCGCCACGCUGGGUAUCAUUUUAA